AUGGUGAAGGUUCUAGUUAUGUUCUUCUUGCAACAAUUACACGUCGUCAUCGUAGAAGAAAAUUACAGUACCAAAAUACCACAUAAUGCAGUGAAGUUGCUUGACCGAAUACUCCUUCGUGGUUUGAGCGCCGAUGCUCUGACUUAUGGAUAUUUAAUGCAUGGGUUAUGCAGAAUGGGGCAAGUUGAUGUAGCAAGGACCUUGCUGAACAAAAUUCCCAGUCCCAAUACUGUGCUCUAUAAUAUAUUAAUCAAUGGAUAUGUUGCUAGUGGAAGGUUUGAAGAAGCGAAGAAUCUUCUGUACAACAGCAUGGUAACUGCAGGUUAUGAGCAUGAUGCCUACACGUUUAACAUAAUGAUUGAUGGACUUUGCAAGAAAGGUUAUUUGGUUGCUGCCCUUGAAUUUUUAUCUGAGGUGGUAGCAAAAGGCUUCGAGCCCAAUGUGAUCACGUACACCAUAUUGAUAAAUGGUUUCUGCAAGCAAUGCAGAUUAGAGGAAGUGGCUGAAAAUAUGAAUAGCAUGUCAGCCAAGGGUCUGAGUCUCACUACAGUGGGGUACAAUUGCUUGAUCUGUGCACUGUCCAAAGAUGGGAAGAUUGAAGAGGCUUUACAACUGUUUCGCGAAAUGUCAAGCAAAGGAUGUAAACCUGACAUUUAUACAUUCAAUUCUUUAAUAAAUGGACUGUGCAAGAAUGACAAAAUGGACCAGGCCUUGAGUUUGUAUCAUGACAUGUUUUUGGAUGGGUUUCUCGCUUGA